AUGUCAAAUUCCAUAACCAACGGCGACAAGGGGAGUGCUAGCGCUCCCCGUGAUCAUUUGAGUAACUUGCCCGAGGAAAUCUUGCUCCAAAUCUUCGAAGCCGUGGGUCGCAAUGCCAGGCGCGACCUCUGUAAUGUGUCGCGCGUCAACAAGAAAUGUCAUCGCCUCAGUGAUGCCAUUCUCUACAAGAGUAUUCUUUUCGAUUCGCCAGAGCUGCAUCUCACCUUUAGCGAGUCGCUGAGUCGGCGACCCCGUCGUGGCUCUGCUAUUCACGAAAUCAAGCUCUCAUACCCAUCCUCGGAACUGUCGCAACUGGCCCUCGAUGCACCAGUACAUGGCUCGUAUCUCGACCCCAAGCGAUCAGACAGCCUUUCACGGACAUUGUCUAUCAUGUCGAAUUUGGAAAAGUUGGACAUCUCAGUACCAGAUGUGUUGCUGCAUGGCAUUGGCACCUUGUUCAAUGGUCCGUUCGAUCUCACCUGUUUGAAGACAUGUUCGCUAUUCUACCAAUGCGCCAAUGAUGCAUACUGGGACCUCCGCGAAAACAUUCACAUAUUCGCUCACCCGACUCUUGAGACUUUGACCAUUCGACGAGCGAAGCUAGACGAAAAAGGCUUUGACCACAUCGAGCGACCCCACAUGACAGCGCUAAAGCAUCUCCAUUUGAUCGAGUGCGACAUUAACGAUGAUUCGCUUGGCGAUCUCCUUGAACUGCCCGAGGCGCUUGAGGAAUUUGUUAUGACGCAGACAGAAGAGCCAGAGCCAGAGUUGGAGGAGAGUUCCGAUAACGUUGGUGACUACAUCUUGGCUGCACAGUCGCAGGCCGAGUUUCUAAAGAGCAUUACAAUCGACCACCCUACACUUACUGGACGCAAGGUAUUACGAAUGAGAGAGUUUGCAGCACUGGAGACCCUGCGUCUGAAUUGGGACUAUCAACUUUUUGGGAAAUCGUCUAAACGACCAAGGCUUCAUUCAGUAGGGUUACCGCCGGUCAUGGAAACGCUCGAGUUCUUCAACGAUCUGGGAAGCGACAACGAAGUCACGGAUCUUUUGCUGGCUACGAUUGAGCAAAAAGACGUUGUUGCGCGGAACUGGAAGAAAUUUAUAGUAGUCGAAGGGGAGAAUGGAGUUUCUCGAGAAAUCAAGGAUGCGUGCAAGGCAGCGGGACUUCAGCUAGACAUCAUCGGGGCCAUGGAUGACGAUUCAGACGAGAAUUCAGAUGACGACUCAAAUAACGAUUCAGAUGAGAAUUCAGAUGAGAAUUCAGAUGACGAUUCGGAUAAGAACAGCGAAUAA